CAAACCCCCUGAAGUGAUGCCCAGAGCAUCUUCUCUGUGACCCGGAAGAUCUCUAGCCUUCUCUACUCAAUUGGCCUCAGUCUGCCUUAAACUGCGUAGGGCGGAGAUUCUCUGCGGCACUUGAGUGAACCCAGAAUCUCCGCCCAUAUCUGGCCACAGCCCAGUCCACAAGCUCAAAGGUCCCCAGAGACGUGCCCGGGCGCUCUCCUUCUCUAGGGCGCGGGAGAGGCUGGGCCGGGAGGCGGUUGAGAAGGAGUGCUGGGAGUGGCGGCACAGCCCGGAGCCUGGGGGAGCUCCCAAUGGUGCCGGGGGUGGAGUCGCAGCCAGGAGCCUUCGUAAGCUUCUUAAAUCGAAAAACAGUAGCGACAGGAGGAGGAAUAACCGGAAUAAAGUACAAAGCACAGAAACACGCAGCCUUCCUGCUCACGAACCCUUGGGCCACACCGAGGGGCCCUUCGAAACAUGCCAGCUUUCCAUCUUCCUUUUCCUAAUCGCAGGCACCCCACCCCUCAGUUGUUUGCUGGGCCUCCAGAUUGUAGGGCAGCCUAACUGCUGAGUCACAGUGAGCUAGGGAAUCUGGGUUCCCCCGCUAUAUAGCCCCGAGAACAGCUCCCGAUCUCCCGCAGUAAGCGUUUCUCAGGCGUGCGGGGAACUCCGCUGUGCACUCUGAACCCGACCCUCCAGGCACCUUCCUGCAGCGACCCCCUACAGGUCCCACAUCCCAGCGGGCCCGCGAGAAAAGGGGGAAAGGCUUGGCGUUAAAAGUCUCUUCAAACAACAAUGGGAAAAUCCAAAAAAGUCACGCUCACUGUUCUCAGCCAGGAGCAAGCAGAAGGUGUGGGUGCCCGAGUUCGAAGAAGCAUCGGCAGACCCGAGUUAAAAAAUCUGGAUCCAUUUUUGCUCUUCGAUGAAUUUAGAGUGGCUAGACCAGCAGGAUUUCCUGAUCACCCACACCGAGGAUUUGAAACAGUGACUUACUUGCUAGAAGGAGGCAGUGCAGCCCAUGAGGAUUUCUGUGGAAACAGUGGCAAAAUGGACCCUGGCGAUUUGCAGUGGAUGACUGCUGGCCGUGGGAUCCUGCAUGCAGAAAUGCCUUGCUCUGAGGAAAUCGUUCAUGGUCUACAACUCUGGGUCAAUUUGAGGAGUUCAGAAAAGAUGGUGGAACCCCACUAUCAAAAUCUGAAGGGUAAAGACAUCCCCAAACCUCACAAGAAUGGGGUGACAAUAGCUGUUAUCUCAGGAGAAGCCCUGGGAGUCAAGUCUAGGAUUUAUACUCGCACACCUACCUUAUAUUUGGACUUCAAAUUGGACCAAGGAGCCAAGCAUUCCCAGCCUAUUCCUGAAGGAUGGACAGCCUUCAUUUACACUUUGUCUGGCAACGUGCAUAUUGGACCUGAUGGUGAACAACAAAAAGUUGAACCUCAUCAUUCUGCAGUGUUGGGGGAUGGUGACAGUGUCCAGGUAGAAAACAAGGAUCCUGAAAGAUGCCACUUCGUCUUAAUAGCUGGGGAGCCAAUUAAGGAACCAAUUGUCCAACAUGGUCCAUUCGUGAUGAAUACGGCAGCAGAGAUUUCUCAAACUAUCAUUGAUUUCAGAAGUGGCAGGAAUGGAUUCGAAAGAGCCAGAACUUGGAGAUCCAAGAUAGGAAAUGAAUAAAAAGUAAAAAGUUCCAAGAGUAGGUCGAGCUACUUAACAGAUUGCUUCCAUUUGUGUCACACACUUAAUGAGCUUUAAAAAAAAAUGUACUAGUACCUUUUUAAGAUUACACACUGAAGUAUGAUAAAUGUUCUUGGUUUUACGUGUGGAAAUAAAUUUCUGAUAUGUACAAAUAGAGAUUGCUUCUAUUAAAAUAAAAGAAAGAAAGAAA